CCUCUCACCCGGACACUGUCCCCAAGCUCUCCCCUCCCCGUUCACUCGAGCGGAAGUGUGUGUCAAUUUUUCUCAGUUGGCUUAGAGCGGCUGGAGGAUCUGCACGAUCAACACGCGCACAACGGGACCGGCGCAUACCUUCAUUUUGACGCAGAGAAAAAGACGAUUUACACUAAGAUUUGCAGACCGAUACAAUCGUUCAACUACGGGGUUUCCGGUGCAAGGGUGCCAUUCUCACGCGAUUGGAGGGCUCGAAGGCUUGUACCUUCUCCGGGGCUUCCAGAGACGCGUGGAACAGCCCAGUGCAUUCCUCCGCGCAGAGAGGGAGGGAGGGAGAGAGAGAAGGAAAGAAAGUGGCCAGGGGAGUGGUAUCGGCUACAUACACACUCAGAAAUGCAUACUUGUCAGUAGAUGUGUAUCGACUGUGUAUUGAGCAUUAGUUUGAGCCAAAGGUGACGUGGUUAGUUUGCGGAAAACUGACCCAACGAUACGCUAGGAGAUCGCGUUGCUUAUGAGCAAAUGCUUUGAUGAAUAAUUUAAGGUAUUUUGGGCCGAGUGUAGAACUGCUACUAAUUUCCACUGGCUGCGCCUGACGCCACGGAACGGGCCCCGAUGGUGGACUAAAGAAUAACGGCAACACGGAUAGAAUAUAGCACACUCGGUAUUUCCUUGGUAUUGUCCGAAUUGGAUGCGCUGUGGCCCGGCCCGUAACCAUGUUGAGUCGAUGAGGGAGGGAAGAUGGAGCUUCCAAAUCGCCACGGAUCCAGUAUCUCACUAGUUCCUGGAUUAUUUUUUAAACCUUGAUGAUCCUAACGCCAACAAACAUUAUUCCAGGGGCACGACUGGGUAUACCAUUUUUAAAAUAACCCCCCCGCCCCAAAUGUGAUAAAUAUUUUCUCUAAUUUGUCUAAUUUGAAAGAGUGACCGACAUUACCUCUUGACACAAGCCUUAACCAACUAAAAUGACUGAGAAACUGCAAACUGAAGAGUAACUAGUUUGUCUUCACUACAUUUUGUAUUUACUGUCAACUCUUUUUUUCUUGGAGAAGGCGUCUGCCUCUGCCUCUCAAGACAUGUAGAAUUUCUUCGGAAUCGAACAGACUUUUCACUUAUCUACCUCAAAACACCAGCUUAUUUUACACAGCAUAGAAAGGGGAAACGGACGCUUCCCAAAUGAAUACCUCAGUCUCAAUGCAGCACAUGUUUUAAGUUGAGCCCGUUUUCUGUAGCGCUGCAGAUGGCUUCCUUUCCCGACUCGGACCUGCAGACGUGCCCGCUCUGUAAAGAGCUCUGCGGCUCCAACGCUCCAAUUUCCUCCAACUCCUCCACCUCCUCCUCUUCCUCCCACACCUCUUCCUCUUCCUCCAUCACCUCCAGGCGGUUGCUAGUCCUCCCCUGCCUCCACGCCUUCUGCAGACAGUGUCUGGAGGGCCAAAGAAGCCCUGGAGACCCCCUGAAGCUCCGAUGCCCCACCUGCAACCAGAAAGUGUCCAUCUCUGAGGCCGGCAUGGACUCUCUGCCCUCCUCCAACUUCUUGUUCAGCAACUUGCUGGACGUGGUGGUGAGCUCCGAGGAGCAGCUCCACAACAAGAACGGCCACCACAGGGGAGUGAUCGGAAGUGGCGUCCCGGGCUUCCACCACUCCCACGGGAGCCUGCUGAGGCCCCACUGCCUGGGGAACCCCCAGUGCAGCUCCUGUGACGAGGAGAACCCCGCCAGCUCCCACUGCCUGGACUGCCAAGAGUACCUGUGCGACAACUGCGUGAGGGCCCACCAGAGGGUCCGGCUGACCAAGGACCACUUCAUCGAGCUCCUGGGAGACGGCCUCCACCUCGGGCCCCCGACCAACGCCAGCCCUAACCAGGGAGUGUCCCUGGCACAGUCCCUCCAGUCCAACUUCGCCCUGCUUUCCCUCUUCCAGGACCGUAUGAGCUUCUGCCAGCACCAUGACAACGAGGUGUUCCUGUUCUUCUGUGAGACCUGCUCGGUGCCCAUCUGUAGAGAGUGCAGCGUGGGCCGCCACAUCGGCCACAGCUUCGUGUACCUCCAGGACGCCGUCCAGGACUCCAGGACCAUCACCAUCCAACUGCUGGCUGACGCACAGCAGGGGCGCCAGGCUGUGCAGCUGAGUAUGGAGAAGGCCCAGGCCAUGGCAGAGCAGGUGGAGAUCAAAGCCAAAGUGGUUCAGACGGAAGUGAAGGCAAUCGUACUGAGGCACAAGAAAGCCCUGGAGGAGAGAGAAUGUGAACUACUGUGGAAGGUGGAGAAGAUCCGCCAGUUGAAGGCCAAGUCCCUGUACCUGCAGGUGGAGAAGCUGCACCAGAACCUGACCAAGCUGGACAGCACCAUCGCGGCCGUGGGACAGGUGCUGGACGAGGGCCGGCAGCUGGACGUGCUGCUGGCCCGCGAGCGCAUGCUCACCCAGAUCCAGGAGCUCAAGUCGCUCCGGGGCCUUCUGCAGCCGCAGGAGGACGACCGCUUCAUGUUCACGCCCCCGGACCAGGCUCUGUACAUAGCCAUCCAGUCCAUGGGCCUGAUCAGCAGUGGUGCCUUCGCUCCCGUCACAAAGGCACACGGCGAGGGCCUCAAAAGCGCCCUGCGCAGCAAGCCCGCCUCCUUCACCGUGAACGGCUACGACCACGACGGUGAGCCGCGCCUGUCGGGAGGAGACGCCGUGUCGGCGGUCGUCAUGGCGACGUCCGGCGGGACCCUGUCGGCGGCCGAGGUGACUGACCACCAGAACGGUUCGUACACCAUCAGCUACCUGCCCAAGAGCGAGGGUGAACACCUGGUGUCGGUGCUGGUAUGCAACCAACACAUCCAGGGCAGCCCCUUCAAGGUGAUGGUUAAGUCUGGCAGAAGCUACGGUGCCCUGGGGGCAAUGGUGUCUGCGUUUGGGGGCGAGGGGGAAGGAGACGGGCAGCUGUGCCGACCCUGGGGCAUCAGCGUGGACAAGGAGGGCUACGUGGUCGUGGCUGACCGCAGCAACAACCGCAUACAGAUCUUCAAACCCUGCGGUGCCUACCAUCACAAGUUUGGCUCUCUAGGUUCUAGGCCUGGUCAGUUUGACCGGCCAGCGGGCGUGGCAUGUGACAGCCAGCGACGCAUCAUCGUAGCUGACAAGGACAAUCACCGUGUGCAGGUGUUCACAUUUGAGGGUCAGUACCUGCUCAAGUUUGGGGAGAAGGGCACCAAAAAUGGCCAAUUUAAUUACCCCUGGGAUGUCGCAGUCAAUUCCGAGGGAAAGAUCCUGGUGUCGGACACAAGGAACCACCGCGUGCAGCUCUUCGGCCCUGACGGCUCCUUCCUCAACAAAUACGGCUUUGAGGGAGCCCUCUGGAAACACUUUGAUUCCCCCAGGGGCGUGGCCUUCAACCAUGAGGACCACCUGGUGGUGACGGACUUCAACAACCAUCGUCUCCUGGUUAUCCGCCCUGACUGCCAGUCCGCCCGUUUCCUGGGCUCCGAGGGCACGGGGAAUGGGCAGUUCCUCCGCCCCCAGGGUGUGGUAGUGGACCAGGAGAAUCGCAUCAUCGUGGCCGACUCCCGCAACCACCGCGUCCAGGUGUUCGAGCCCAAUGGGAACUUCUUAUGCAAAUUCGGCACGCAAGGCAGUGGCUUUGGACAGAUGGACCGUCCAUCUGGCGUUGGCGUGGCACCCGACGGAGUCAUUGUGGUUGUCGACUUUGGGAACAACCGCAUCCUUAAGUUCUGAAAAGUCUCAAUCAGUGAAUCAACAGACACAACCAGGAGGAGAGAUGGAAGGGAGGAUUCAGAGCAGAGGAACAUGAUGAAAGGAAAACCGUUUUGCCAAAUGUACUUUUUCAGUUUCCUUUAAAUUUUUGGGAUUAUUAUUUGAAUCAUGUGGUGUAUGACUAUGGGGACCACUAAGAAGAUUGAUAUCAAUAGAUUACGACUAAGAGCCAUUGUUUUCUUUUGUCUCGGCUGCUCUGAACUCUCUCCAUCAACUCUCCUCAAGUCGCCAUCUCAGGGAAUUUCUCACUUGUCUUGAAAACCUCUGCUCCAUACCUACCUCAUUUAGCUCCCUUUGAAUGUACUCAUACUCUCUGAGCAGAGAUUUAGUCCGUGAAGUUUUACUAAGAAGAAAAGAAAGUCUACCUCAAUCCUUUUUUUAUUUUAUUUAAGAGUUUUUGUUUUCAUAUUUGCACAGGAUUAAUUGAAUUCUUGCUGUGCAGUCGGAGUAUGAGUUAAGAGAACCUCCUGAAUGUUGUUGCUGAGACAAUACUCAGAGCGCUGUAGACUCUUGUGUGAUUAGUUCUGACCAGAAGGCUUACCCCUCUUCAGUAGUGUCAUUUGAUGUUUGCAGGCUAGUUAGUCAACCUCUUCUUUGUUUGUGCAGCGACCCUGUCUCUCUAAGACUCUGGGACUGGACUGUUGAGUGUUCGGACAGACUGAGUGCUUUAUGUGAUGCCAAACAUGAGACUGAAUCAGAGUUUGCUCAGACCAGGAAGGAAGAGACUUGAUACUGAUGUAGAUGAACCUGAUCAGUCGUACCCAGGAUAUCGUCUUAGCUUUACUGGCCCUGUGAUUAAAGUGGCUUGACCAUGGUCAAAAGAAAUGUGAUGAUUGAGUGGAAUCAUGGGGUAAGCAUUGUAGGGUAGAAAGCCCUCCUUUACCCAAAGUAUCUGAUUCCUGAAUUAUCAACCCUCCCAUGUUGGGCUUCAUUAAUUGAGAAUCAGAUUUGCAACUUGAUUAAGUAAAAGGAGCUUGUUCUUCACAGUCCAGCCCAAUCUAAAGAUUUAUAUUAAUAUGCAAGGAAAAGCAUUGGUCCUCUUGGAUACAGGGACCCACCAAAGGAUUUCAGAUGAGUUGAGUGAGUUGGCCUAUUGUUGAUGUUUUCGUCAGAGAUUUAAUCAUGUUUGACAGACACGUCUUUGGGAGCAAGGAAAAACGUAAACAAAGCCUCAAAGCAGACAUCCAUCUCGUCAAGAGGAUGUACCAAUCCUUUGGUUUUGGAUUGUGAUUGAAAGCCACUCUGAUUGACUUUUGGGGCCCAGGAUUUAAUCCAGUCCCUUGCAACGGGUGUGAUGUCACUACAAAGCCCCGCCCUAUUUAUUGUUGUGUGAUCGGAGUUCAGAAAGGAAUUCCAAAAUAUGUACAUGCAGACCAGUCCUCAUAAGAUGGAGGUCUAGUAGACCAGCUAGUGAAGUCAACCAAAGGUAGAAUUUCUGCACAACAGCUAAGCGUUUGUUUGGCGACUAUUGAACACCGACACUUUGUUGAUUAAUCAUUGGUGUUGGGAGGUCAAAAACACUUGCAUGUAACCGAACCAUACCUUCAAAGCACUGUAACUUCCAGGAGAAUAUAAUACAAACCUAUUGGGGUUCCAUGGGACAAUAUCAGUGUCUCAACUUAAGACGAGAACACCAACCAUGUGAAGCUCUUGAGUUUGGUUUGAAGGAAGAGCUUUCAGUAUGUGGUCUAGGGAAAUAUGUUGGCCUAGUACAUUAUGACAUUUACCUCCCUUGUGCUAACGACAGUUACACUGCCUUGAGACUCAGAAAUUGCAUCUCAAAUUUUCAUUAGCAUCCCAACCCAAUUACUGUUAAACGCUAAUUUAGUUACUAAGAGUAAAACAGAGUCCUGAAUAAUUACGGUUCAUUAGCCACUUCCUUAGCAUAGCAAACAACUAUUAUAGCUCCUUGGCAUGUGUUGGCUGUGAAUCUUACCUCAAAGAAAGGAGUUAGGCAGCUCAUCAUCAGGAUUGAAAUCCUCUGGACUUCUCAUGUACCUCAACUGUUGCAUACCUCAUAUCUCUUCAUGUACCUCGACUGUUGCAUACCUCAUAUCUCUUAAUUUACCUCAGCUGACAGAUACCUACUUAUCUCAUGGAAUUUUUAAAUACCUCUAGUAGGAACUCUCAGACACCUCAACACAUGUACUGUGCAGCUCAAAGUCUGACACAUUAUGUAUAGAUUUUUUUUUACAUACCUCAUUUAACAUAUACCUCAUGCUUUUAAUACACCUUUUGUGUUAUAUGUACCUUACCUGGUGGACCAAAGAUUCCAAUCAUAGUGGCUCUAUUUCAGCUGAAACUGCAAUUGCAUGCAGCCUUCUUGACCACUAGGUGCAGUGGUCACUUUUCAGCUUACUGUUAAUUGUUUGGAAAACAAUGCCUUUUUGAUGUAUGGAGAAACCAAAUACCGCAGAUCUGAGCAUUGUGCCAAAAAUGGUCGGUGAGGGUUCUGUGCCAAACAGGGUUGGCAUUUGGACCAUAUUGUCACAGAAGAAAAAUGUUAUUUGGACCAUAAUAUAAUAUAUAUACAAAUACAUAUGCAUAAGUGUUAUCCAAAUCUUUAGCCAGAGAUAAAUCCCUGUGCUCUAUUGGAUGCAUUUAGGAGGGCUGGCCCCCUGUUUCAUUACCUCAUAAUGCAGAUAAGCAGGGCUGUAACCUGAUUGGCCAACAGUGAGAGAGAUUGCAAUGUCACUGUUGGCUAAGAGUCUUAGUGAUGUCAGAGGCACAUGACCACAUAGACCCCACAUUUCUCUGUCACGCUUUGCUCUUCAAGAGUUUGAGACAGUUGACUGUUUGGGGCACACCAGAAUGACCUCAUUUUGUUCAGCACAGUUUACCAUGAUCUUCUCAGUUAGACUCCUAGCAGUGUGGAUGUAGAGCAAGUAAGGUGUUAGUUGAGGUGUAAUGUAACUUAUUGUGAUGAGUCUAAACUCAAAUUCUAUGACAAUGCAAUCUGUGGUUUAUAGGAACACUUAGUGAUUAUAUUGUCCGUCAAGUGUCCAGCAGGCUGCUCAGGAUCCGGUAUUAAGCGGAGACGCUAGCACAUGAAAGGGCAAGUGAGUUUGAGUCCACUGCUUCUUGGAAACCCAACACCUCGCUUCUUCACCAAUAUGAUCUGUCUUUGUCUCAGUAUUAUUAUAAAAAUGGCUAAUUCAAGUCUGCAUCAAUCUUGUUUUUGAUCUUUGCUCUUAAAGAGAAAAAACAUGUAUUUUAAGAUUAUUUUCCCCCCUUUUCUUUAGUUGCAUGCUUUAAAAAGUCCUUGUAAUGUACCAACGUCUCCCAGACAGGUGUUGAAAACUCAGACGGAAAGUUUAUUGGAAUUUUGGGAUGGUUUUUAUCACAAUUAUUUACCCAAAGAUGUGUGUGUGUUUAGAAUUGUGUUGGAUUGAACAUUUGAACCUUUGACCUUUGCGAUUGUAUUUCCUGUUCUGGAGAGAUUCUGCAGAGCCCGAUCUGUGCUCGGCCAGCCAUGCCUGGGAAUCUUGAUAUGUUGAUUAGAGCUGAAAAUAUGGCCUUAUAGCUGGUUAAACAAAGCAAAGCAAAUACAUAUGAUCAAGCAGUCUGCAGUGUUAUGCAGAGUGGCUGGCAUCUUUUCCCGCUCUUUAAAACAUCCAGGAAGUACAGUUGUGGCUGCCGAGCAUGUGACUGGUUUUCUGUACUAUUGGGUGGGUUUUCAACAUAUUGUUUUUUGGCCUAUCAAAAAGAGAAAAUGUGAAACAGUGUCACGUAAUGUGUGCAAGGUUUUAGACCUCUUUUAAUGAUUGUAUAAUCUUUAAACAAAAAAAAAAAAACAAAAAAAAAACUCAGGUAGUUAUUGUGGGUCUGCCUUGCGGGUGCCCUCAAUGAAACGUGUCCCAUAGUAAUGGUGUUGUGUUCUUUCUGUUUUGACCUCUGUCUUUUCUCUGUGUGUGUCCAUGCCCGUAUUAUAAAAAAAAAAAACGUUAUUUCUCAAUCUGGAAAAACAAAAUGAUAAUGUUGCUUUUGGAUAAUUUUCUUCACAUUUCUUCUGAUUCUGAUUCUUACUCUUUCCUUUUUUUUCUUGAAACAAUUAUUUGAUGAACACAAAAGUUCAAAUACUCCCGACCACAUGAUUCUUGUAAAUCCUUUUGGAAUGUAUUUUUUUGAAGAAAAGGGUUGUCAGGUUUCGUGUUGAUUCUCACUCAGUGACCGAUAACCCCCACAACAUGGGACAGGACAGAGACCCCAUAUUCCUACCAAGGACCAGUACAGCCAAUUCUCCUUACUAAAUACAAACACACUAAACACAAACAACACUAAUAUAACAGUUUAAUUUUGAUAUUCUGUCGAACGGUCUUGGAACAUGGAUGUCACUAUCGCUACCAUGUUAAAGUUGUUAUAAGCAAUUUUUUUACCUCUUUUACUCAGUCAUGUUCUGUCCUGUGGGUGGGCGGCUGUGUGUGUGUGUGGGUGUUUGUGCACAGCAUCUUUAUUGUUAUCGAACAGAAAUCCACUGAAUGUAUACUCCUCACAGUCCAAGAGUCAGGGGACAGCAGGGUGGCCAGCUGAGUUUAGAUGGGUGCUGCUAGUGCUUCCAUGCCCAUGCGUCUGUGUGUGUGUGUGUGUGUGUGUGUGUGUGUGUAUACAUGUACUUGUGUACAUGCGCUCAAAAGAAAGAGUGUGUGUUGCCAUGCGCUCAUGUUUGACAAAGUUGUGUGUAUGAAAGUAUGAUUGUCCCCCAUCCCCCACCCCCUGAUCCUCAUUACACCCCCCCCCCUCCCAGCUACCCCCUCCCAGCUACCCCCUCCCAGCUACCCCCCCCCCCUCCCAGCCCCCCCCUCCCAGCCCCCCACCUCUCCCCACACACACAGGGAUGACUGGAGGUGCACAUGUCAGGUCUUCAGUCUAGAUAAGGCGAAAGAGACUAAAAUAUAUUGGCCACCUGAUGCUCUUCCUGUUUUCUUUGGACUUUAAACAUUUCCUAUGCAGUUUUUUUGUUUACACUUAAUAAACUUUUUUGUGAU